AUGACUGUCGACGUCCAGGAAGCGCAAAGAAUUGUCCGCAGUGAUCCAGGCAAGGACGAUAAGAAAGUGCAAGAACAAGAGAAGGCAUUUGAAGUGCUAGGAAAGUAUUAUGUCGAACAGAAAGAUGCAGAAAAGGUGCGAGAACUGGUGACCACUGCACGAGAAGUCACUUCGGGCUACGCCAAGAGUAAGACGGCCAAGAUCAUUCGUUCGCUAGUCGACGCAAUGGGCAAGAUCCCCGAUAGCGUUGACAUUCAGAUUGCUACUAUCAAUGAGUGUGUUGAUUGGGCGAUUGCUGAGAACCGCAGCUUCCUCCGCCAGGGUCUCCAGGUGAGGCUGGUGGCGCUUUUAUCGGAAAAGCAGUCGUACACGCAAGCUAUCAAACUUAUCGGUGACUUGUUGCGUGAAUUGAAAAAGUUGGACGACAAGAUGAUGCUUGUAGAGGUCCAACUGCUGGAAGCGAAGGUUUAUCACGCUUUGCGCAAUUUGCCCAAGGCGCGGGCAAGUCUCACGUCGGCGCGAACCAGUGCCAACAGUAUUUACUGUCCACCGAAAACACAAGCCGAGCUCGACACGGUGUCGGGUGUUCUGCAGGCCGAGGACGGUGACUACAAGACGGCGUUUUCGUACUUUUAUGAAGCCUUCGAAGGGUAUGCUGGCCAGAACGAUCCGCGGGCGGUCGACGUUUUACGGUAUCUCUUUUUGGUCAAGAUUAUGCUCAAUUUGACUGAUGAUGUGGACCAGCUCGUUGCUAAUAAGACUGUCAAGCAGUACGCUGGUCGGGACAUCGAUGCGAUGCGAGCUAUGGCCUCCGCGAACCGGAACCGGUCGUUGUCUGAGUUUGACAAGGUGCUUGCUCAAUACCGUGAUGUGCUCACUGCUGAUCCAUUCAUUCGGUCUCACCUCAGCGCCAUGUACGACAAAAUGCUCCAGGACAAUCUCGUCAAAGUCAUUGAGCCUUACGAAUGCGUAGAGAUUGAGCAUAUUGCCGAAGAGCUGGGGUUGGAAACACGACAGAUCGAAGAAAAACUAAGCCUGAUGAUCCUCGACAAGGUGUUCUACGGCGUGCUUGACCAAGGUAAUGGCUGGCUCUAUGUGUAUCCUGAGCCGUCGCCUGAUAAAACAUACGAGCUGGGUCUCGAGACUGUCAAACACAUGUCAAGUGUUGUGGAUAUGCUAUAUGAAAAGGCUUCCUUAAUCAACUAG